GACCACAGAGGGACAGCGGACAGGCUGACUUGUACAAAAGCGAAAGGGAAGAAUGAGUUGGGACACUGAGUAACAAAGCAACUGAGAUAUUUCUCGAGGCCUUUUCACUCGGAGGAUUUAAAAUAAACCGGUGUGCUCGUGGUAAAGCCAUGGAGCCGUCAAUGACUGGCAGCUCAGCCGCCCCAAAACCCAGCCCCUCACCUCCCUCCACCCUGAGGCCAGGCCUUUCCUCUUCCAGCUUAUCCUCUACCACUACCGCACCAACCUCAGACCGCCCUAAGCCUAAACUGACCAUGCCGACACCUCCAACUACGCCCUCAUCUUCACCCUCCACUGCCUCCCCGCGGACUUCUCCUGGUCUUUCCUCCCGUUCUUCCUCCCUGUCCACGCCGCCUGCCUCCCCCCUGCGCCAGCCCAUCAGAAGCCCCUCUCAGGUGGGCAGAUCUCAGCUUAAUGCAGCCUCUACGGAGACUCCCCUGACUGGAUCUAUAGCUGCAGGAGCUGCUGCCAUUUCUCCACAGCCUCCUCCCACACCUGAACCAGUAGAGCCAGAAGAGGAGGUCAGUCUCGAAGACUUGGAGGAGAGAGCAAAGUCAGGAGAUGCAAAAGCACAAACUAAGAUGGGGCGUUACUUCCUGGCACUGGCAGAAGAAAGAGACGAGGAGCUGAACAAUUGCACAGCGGUCACUUGGCUCAUCCAGGCUGCUAAACAAGGCCGCAGGGAUGCCGUCAAAACACUGCAGCAGUGCUUAGCCUCCAGGAAAGGGAUCACUCUGGAGAACUUUGAGGAGGUGAAGAAGCUGUGUACGGAGACGCGCUUUGAGAGAGGAGUCAGGAAAGCAGCUCUUCUGAUGUACUGGAAGUUGAACCCGGAGAGGAAGAAGUCGGUGGCUGUCUCCGAGAUGCUGGAGAACGUCGAACAUGUCCACACAGAGCCGGGUAAACCAGUGUCCCGAGGUCCAUUAAACAGCUCUGCCAAGAAACAGAGGAGAGUCCUGGAGACUAUGGUCACCAAUGAGGCCAGGUGCCAAGUGGGUCUCGACGACUUUGUUGAGAUGACUAAGAAGUACGCUCAGGGUGUUGCACCUUCACCAGUCAUGGCUGCGGCAGGAGGUGAUGACGACGACGACGAAGAUGAUGUAGUGGUGAAAAAUCCAGAUGAACUGCCUUUACACCAAAAGCUGCUCAAGUUCCCUCUGUACGCCUUACUUGAGAUCAAAGAGCACCUCAUCGACUGGGCGUCACGGGCCGGCAUGCAGUGGCUCAGCGCACUGAUCCCCACGCACCACGUCAACGCACUCAUCUUCUUCUUCAUCAUCUCCAACCUCACGAUCGAGUUCUUCAUCUUCCUCAUCCCUCUGCUGGUUUUCUACCUCUCAUUUUUCUCCAUGGUCAUCUGCACGCUGCGGGUAUUUCAGAAUUCAAAAGCAUGGGAAAACUUUCGGGCACUGACAGACCUGUUGACUCACUUUGAACCCGGUCUGGAUCUGGAGCAGGCUGAGACUAACUUUGGAUGGACACACCUGGAGCCUUACCUGUACUUCCUGCUCUCUGUGAUCUUUGUGGUUUUCUCUUUCCCUGUUGCUGAUAAAUCCUGGAUCCCCUGCUCAGAGUUGGCUGCUAUCGCUCUCUUCUUCACCGUCACCGCCUUCCUGAGCCUUCACGCCUCUGCUCAGCUCUUCGCUCGUAAAGCCCUCCUCACAGAAGUCCUCUCUGGAGCCUGCUCCCUCACUCACCUCCUGCCAGACUCCUUCCCUUGGUUCCUCAGGGCCUUUGGGAUGACGUUCAUCACUGUGCCUCUAGGGGACAUAGUGCUGUUUAACCUGGGGGUGCCAUGUCUGCUGUACGGACACCUUGUCUAUCUGCUGUUCCGUAUGGCCCAGCUGAAAGGCUUCAAGGGCACCUACCUGUGCCUGGUGCCCUACCUGGUUUGCUUUACUUGGUGUGAGCUCAGCUUGGUGUUCCUUAAUAACGCCACUGCAAUAGGACUCAUCCGGACCUCCGUUGGCUACUUCCUCUUCCUGUUUGCCCUUCCUAUACUCUCACUGGGCCUGGCCGCAAUGCUCAUCAUCCAGUUAGUGCAGUGGUUUCUCGCCCUGGAGGUGACCAAGAUGGUGGUCACACUGACAAUUUGCUUUGUGCCAGUGGUGUUGAGGCUUUGGACUCGCUUCAGCCUCAACCCCAUCACGGUUUUUCGGUCUCUGUCACACAGCAGCAUCGUGAAGCUCAUCCUGGUGUGGCUCAGUGCAGUGGUGCUCUUCUGCUGGAUGUACGUGUACAGGUCUGAAGGUAUGAAGGUGUAUAACUCCACCCUGACGUGGCCUGAGUACAGCAGCCUCUGCGGGCCUCUGGCCUGGAAAGAGGCCAACAUGGCCCAAACUCAGAUCCUCUGCUCUCAUCUCGAAGGACAUCGUGUCACCUGGACUGGACGCUUCAAAUACGUCCGUGUGACUGACAUUGAGAACGGGCCGCAGUCGGUUAUCAACUUGCUGCCUUUGUUUGUGGGGAACUGGAUGCGGUGUCUGUAUGGUGAGCCAUAUCCUUUGUGUGAGGAAGCGGCAAAUGUCACAGCUGAGCCCCAGCCUCUGCCUGCCCCAGCUCCGCCUCCAGAGGAUCCUCUCUGUAAACUUAAAAAACUGGCCAAGCACGAAUGUCACAUCAAACGUUUUGAUCGAUACAAAUUUGAAGUCACCAUGGGCAUGCCGCUGGAGAGGAAGACCAAGAACGGGACGAUCGUAGAGGACGAAGAUGCCACCAAGGACAUAGUUCUGCGAGCCAGUAACGAGUUCAAGUCUGUGCUUUUGUACUUAAAGACAGGAAGCCUGGUGGAGUUCAGCACCAUACUGGAGGGCCGUUUAGGCUCCAAAUGGCCCGUGUUUGAGCUGAAAGCCAUUCACUGCAUGUCGUGCGGCGAUGCCCCCCUGCCCAGCCGCAGGCAGUACAAGAUUGAACACGACUGGAGGCGCACUGCUCGGAGCGCCCUGCAGUUCGGGUUUGACUUCUUCUUCAACCCCUUCCUGACCGCUCAGCUAGAGCAGCACUCAGAGACCAAAACAGAGACUGUGACUCAGGAGGCGGCGUAGAGAUCUGACAAACACACCUCUGGGAGAAAUAAGAUGUAUGAUAAUACUAGUGAAGAACAUUAAUGAUUGUACAUCACACCUUCUUAACACUGCAAGAGGUCGGAUACUCAGACACUUUGUGGUAUCAGACCUGUUGUAAAUCUAAACUUGAGCGAGUGUGUGUUUGCAUUCUCAUAGCUUUUGAGCCAAAAUAUGUGAGAACACGUAAUAUAAUGAAAUUAAAUAUUCAAAGGGGAGAAACACAGACUAAUAGGGUUUUUAGAAUAUGUAAUUUACUGCCUAACACUAAAGUAAGAAAAGCACGGUGUAAACUUUCUCAGCUCUGGUCAGAUGUGCAUUUCAGCCAAUUUAAGCUGCAUUUGUGCUCAGCAGUUUUUUAAAGGAAUAUUUCACCCUCAAAUAACUGUGUCACCUAGAAUUCAUGAAGACAGUGAACGUUGUUAAUAAAUUGAGGUCAUAGGAGGCCACAAAUUCAAAAUAGCACAUGGUGAGUUAUUGACAUACAAAUGGUCAUUUUGUGGGUGAAGCAUUCUUUUAAUGCAUUGCAGGGAUGCAUGAUAAUAUCGCUACAUCAUCGGUAUCGGCCAAUAUCGACUUUAAAAUUAACUAUCAGGAUCAGCCAACAUGCUUUCUCUAAUUUUGCACAAUGAAUGAAUAUUACAUACAUUGAAAAGUAUUGUAUUUCAUGUCCCCAUCAGAGUAUGCAUGCAUAAUAUGAUGUUAAUUUCACUACAGAAGAGACUUGAUGAUCACUGAAAUUAGGUGGGAGAAAAGUGGAUAUAUUGAUAUCGGUAUUGGUUGUUACAUAUCGGCGUAUCAGAUAUGAGCAAAAAAUCCAAUAUCGUGCAUCCCUAAAUCAUUGUGAUUUUUUUUCGUUGUACAAACACUGUGUGCUGAACUCAUUUUUAUGCUUAUCAUUGUAGCCAAAAUCAUCAGUAUUUACAUUUUACAGUUUCCCUGUUGAACUGUACUCUCAUUGUUUGUGGCCUCCAAACUACGAAAGAGAAACUUUCUUUUAUUUUCGCACAAAAGUUUGUAUUGCUGAUGAUGAUUAGUGAGGGUUUCCUUUGCUGUCAGGCUUAAAUCAUGUAACAGACAGAACGCGCAGUAUGUCAUGAUUUUAAAAUGGUUGCUAGUGGAAAUUUAAGUGCCUUAAUCUAAACAUAACUUAGGAGAAUAGACUAAAUCACGUCUUUAAUUCUGUACCUUUUAAAAAGCUCAGCUGCAUCUAUGCGUGAUCUGUGACAGAGCAGGUAUCCAACUUUAUCUCUGCCUUCUCCUCCCUCGUUCGUCUGCCUCUCUGCUGUGCAGAGAUUUAAUAUAUUGAAUAUUUGCAGUCCCUGUGUGAUGAUGUGUUUGAAGUUAGGAUGUCACUACUGUUUUCUAUACUGUGACCCAUAAACAUA